CGUCUCCCGCACUUCUCGCGUUCUCAUCAUCUCUUGGAGUUCUGAUCUCGAGAACAAACCUCUUCUCUUCUCUUCGCCUCUCGCUAGGGUUCCUCAUUCCUCUUCGCCGAGAUGAAGCUCACGGUCAAGACGCUGAAGGGAAGCCAUUUCCAGAUCGAGGUUCAGCCCAGCGACACGGUUAUGGCAGUGAAAAAGAAUAUUGAGGAGGCUCAAGGAAAAGAGAGCUAUCCAUGUGGUUUGCAGUUACUGAUUUACAGUGGAAAGGUUUUAAAAGAUGAAAGCACAUUGGAAGAGAAUAACAUUGGUGAAGAAGGUUUUCUUGUUGUCAUGCUCAGUAAGAGCAAAUCUUCUGGUCCAGCAGGAUCCUCGGCUGUUACUCAGAAUAAAUCUUCAGGUUCAGCAGGAUCCUCAGCUGUUACUCAGCCUUCAGCAGCUGCUGCACCCAAUCAACCUCCCAUUGUUGACACUCCUUCUCAAGCUCCGUCAUCAGCUGACACUGCAAGUGCCAUUGAAGGAACAACUACAAGUGGAUCUUCUAAUGCAUAUGGUCAAGCUGCAUCCAACAUAGUUGCAGGGAGCAACAUUGAGCCAAUGGUUCAACAUUUGAUGGAUAUGGGUGGUGGUAACUGGGACAAAGAAACAGUUCAACGUGCACUCCGUGCUGCUUACAAUAACCCAGAGCGUGCUGUGGAGUACUUGUAUUCUGGUAUUCCUGCCUCGGCAGAAGUUGCAAUCCCAGCUGCAACUAACCCUCUUAACCAGUCUAGUCUUGGUGGAAACACAACUGACGCAGCUGUUACCGGAUUGCCAAAUUCUUCUCCACUGGAUAUGUUUCCACAGGGGGCUCAAAAUACGGGUGUGGGUGCUGGAGGUGGUGCUCUUGAAUUUCUAAGAAACAAUCAACAGUUCCAAGCAUUGCGCGCAAUGGUGCAAGCCAAUCCACAAAUUUUACAGCCAAUGCUACAAGAGCUAGCCAAACAAAACCCUCAUCUUCUAAGAUUGAUUCAAGAGCAUCAUGCAGAGUUUCUACAGCUAAUAAAUGAACCUGUUGAAGGUGUUGAAGGGGAUUUGUUUGAUCAACCAGAGCACGAGAUGCCGAAUUCAAUCAGCGUGACCCCUUCGGAACAGGCAGCUAUAGAAAGGCUUGAAGCUAUGGGAUUUGAUCGACCUCGGGUGAUUGAAGCAUUCUUAGCAUGUGACAGGGAUGAGCAGUUGGCAGCAAACUAUUUGUUGGAACAUGCUGGAGAUGAGGAUUAAGGUGCCCAGUCAGUUCUAGACACUCUGAUUUCUUUGAAGAUGAUACUCUUGUUAUGGUUUGGGAGGACUUGAUCUGCAGGCAACUGCAAAGGUGGCAAAAGGCAAAGACUGGCUUUAACUCACAUUUCUGAAAGUACAAUCAAAGCUAGCUUGAAUUGCUUUAAUACAUACGGUUUUUUAACCAGGGUCAAUGUCUUGUUAGGGUCUCUUGUCUCGUACUUUGGUUUGUUUAUUCUAUAAAGAUCCCUCAAUAUUCCAGAGGUUAAACUGCUGUUCGUCUUGCGUUGUAACACCAUUAAUGUUCAAUGCUCUUUGCUACCAUUUGCUUGAUCCCUUUUGUUCAUCCAGUAAAGAACUUACAGUUCUUGUGAUGCAUUCUUAGAUAUUAUCAAAAAUGCACAAACUGGAUUUACAAUA